AUGAGUAUCAAGGACUUUCAAAAGAUGAAGCCUCCUAUUUUUGAAGGUGAAAUUGACCUGUUGAAGGUUGACAACUGGAUUUUGGGCAUGGAGAAAAUAUUUGCAGUGGCGCAGGCACAGUGUCUAGAGACACACAAGGUAGUUCUUGCCACUUACAAUUUCGAUGGAGAGGCAUACAGAUGGUGGUUGACACAGCAGGAAAGGGAGCCAAAUAUGACCUGGACACGAUUCAAGGAAGUAUUUUAUGAAAAGUAUUUUCCACAGACACUUAAGGAUGCUAAGGUCAAUGAAUUUAUCAACUGGAAGCAGAGUCCUACUAUGUCAGUGUCGGAAUAUGACAGAAUCUUCACAGAUUUAAGUCGGUUUGCACCACAUAUGGUUGAUACAGAUGCUCAUAGGGCAAGGAGGUUUGAGGAAGGACUAAAGGAUGGGCUACGUGAGCCGAUCAACCUUCUUAGGUUGCAAACUUAUGCUGAGAAAAAUUCUUCAAGAACAAGGCAGAUUCAAUUCUGUUGGAGCUCUAAAUAG